GUUUUUUGAGCCAGUUUCGACGAGUUCCAAUUUUUCUGAAGGUUUCUUAAACUUGAGAUCUCCUCCUUUAAAAAGUGUCAAAAUCUGAAGUGGAUAUUUCUUAAAAAAUUGGGAACGACCUAACUUCUAACAAAGAAUUAGCUUGCAAAAUAUUAUGAAAACAUACGCUCCUUAUGCCUUGAUUGCAUUUUUAUUAAUUUGUAUUUUAUUCUAUCUUCCUCCACCUUCAACAUCACGGAGUGACACAGUAGGUUCCGCCCAGGAGCCGGAGACAUCUGCCUGACUUAAAAUAAAAAACUAAAAGUACCUCGUGCACCUCGCAUACCACUUCUUCCUCACAGUUCUUUCAGGCAGCAAAGGAGACGGAUGCCGUGAAGAAGAUUCUUAAUUAUUUUUUGAAUCUUGUAUUUAACCCACACCUCGUCGUUGACCUGCACUUUGUUUGACCUGCACCAACCGGUUCGGCACAGGAUGAGCAAUAAUAAUGCAAAUGCUGCUGCGCCCCCACAAGUGCCCUCCUGGUCCUUAGGACUCUCAGACGAAGAGGAGGAUGAGAACAAUCAUGACGAUGGUGGCUUGAAUGUUAACGGGAUAAUUGGAACAGAUACAGGGGAUAGUGAUAGAGAUGAAGAUCCUAUCAUUCAAAAUAUUUUACAAGAUUGUCAAAAGGAGGUCGAAUAUGGCCCAGAUUUGUUAUCGAUUCCAGCCGUACGCAAGAACACCUUCUUCCACUUUUACAUCAAGCUCGGCGAAUUUAAACUUCAAUCGCCCGUUCUCCAAUUAUCAUCAACGGGGGAAUGGGCAGCCUCGAUUUCGCCCGAACUUCAGCCAGAGUCAGCAUCGACCUCGAUUUCAACAAGCGUCGAACCGAUUUCAACGGCGAUAAGUAGAGAUAGGUCAAUGGUAUGUUAUCAAGCAGGAAUAUUGUCAAAUUACAUUAAUGAGUGGCGUAAAAUUACUAAAGAUAAUAGUAUAUUAGAGGCUAUAGUAGGGUACAAGCUCCCAUUUAAAGAGAUUCCUUUUCAAUUGACAGAACCAAGUGGUACUAAACUUUCGGAAACUGAGGUCAGAUUAGUUGAUGAAACAAUCAGGAAAUUAAUGUUAACGGAGGCAAUUUCAGAAGUAUGUGAUGAGCCUGGGCAAUUCAUUUCUAGUAUUUUCACGGUAGCGAAACCUGAUGGUUCUCGUAGACCAAUUAUUAAUUUAAAAAAGUUGAAUGAUUAUUUAGACUGUCCUCACUUUAAAAUGGAAAAUAUAAAAACAGCUUCGCAGCUUGUUUCGCAAGGUUCAUAUAUGUGUGUCGUUGACCUUAAAGAAGCUUAUCAUGCCAUCCCUAUAGCAGCAGAUCAUAGGAAAUUUCUUAAAUUUAGAUGGCGAGGGAAACUUUACAAAUAUAAUUGCAUUCCUUAUGGGCUCUGUACAGCCGCACUAUUAUACACAAAGUUAUUAAAGCCAGUAAUCUCUCUUUUCAGGGCGACAGGUAUUUUGUGCGUUUAUUAUCUAGACGAUUUGUUAAUUAUUGGCUCAUCUUACUCGGACUGCAUGAAACAUUUAAACUUUAUAUCCAAUUUUCUAGAAACGCUAGGGUUUACAAUAAAUAAGGGAAAAUCUCAAUUGAUCCCAUCGCAAAGAGUCAAAUAUUUAGGUUUUCUAAUUGACUCAAUUAUCAUGAGGCUUAUUUUACCAUCCGAUAAGGUAGCUCGAAUCAUAACUAAAUGCAAGGAAGUUUUAGCGACCAAUCAAAUUAAAAUUCAGACUGUUGCUGAGUUGGCAGGAUGGCUUAUCUCGGCUUGUCCAGCGACUAGGUAUGGGUUUCUGUAUACAAGAAGUUUGGAAAUUGAUAAAACUCGCAGUCUGUUGCAUAGUAAGGGUAAUUAUUCUUCAAAAAUGUCUAUCAUCCAUGAAACAAGAUUAGAUUUAGAGUGGUGGAUAAGUAAUAUUGGUUCAGAAUGGCAAUAUUUACAAAAACCAGUACCAAUAUUUAAGAUAACUUCCGACGCGUCUCUGUCAGGAUGGGGUGCUCAUUGUGGUGAACUGAGGGCAAAAGGUCGAUGGGCGACCGAGCAUAUCGAUUUGCACAUAAAUGUUCUUGAACUAUGGGGUGCUUUUUAUGCUUUAAAAUCAUUUGUUAAUAAAACUAACGUGCAUGUAUUAAUUAGAGUAGACAGCUCAACUGCAAUGGCCUACAUUAACAGGCAAGGAGGCUGCAAGUCAACUCAGUGUUUCUCAGUAGCAAAAUUGAUAUGGCAGUGGUGCGAAAAUAGAGGCAUAAUAAUCACCGCAACUUGGAUUAAUACGAAGGAAAAUUAUACUGCUGAUAAAUUGUCUAGAGCAGAGAAAGAUGCUUCCGAUUUCAUGCUAGGUACUAAUUAUUUUACAAAAUUAACUAAAAAGUUUGGCUGCCCGAAUAUGGACUUGUUUGCAUCAUAUCAAACUAAACAAUGCAAUGAGUUCUAUUCUUGGAAACCUGAUCCAUUUUCUAUAGGGGUAGAUGCAUUUACUUAUGAAUGGGAGGAUGGUUUUUAUGCAUUUCCUCCAUUUAACAUGAUAGGUCGUGUUAUUAACAAAAUCAUUCAAGAUAAAUGUGAAGGUAUUGUGGUAGCGCCCAUGUGGCCAACUCAGGCUUGGUUUCCAUUAUACCAAAAAAUAGCCAAAUCGAAUAUUAUUGAACUAGGCCCUAACAAAAAUUUAUUGUUUGACCCUUACUCCAGGAAACCUCAUCAAAUCAAUUCCAAACUAAAACUAAUGGCAGCAGUAUUGUCUGGAAGGCCUUAAAUAAGUUGAAUUUGCCCGCAGAUACUUUACAAAUUAUGGAAGCAUCAAAGUCAAAGGGAACCUGGGCGCAGUACGAAUCAGUCUUGAAGAAAUGGGAAUCUUUUUGCAAUUUAAGCAAUUUUUCAAUGUGGGAUGGAAAUGUGAAUAAUGUCCUUCGGUUUCUUACAUAUUUAUUUAAUCAGAAUCUAAGUUAUUCAGUUAUAAAUACCGCUAGAUCCACUUUGUCUACAAUGUUCGGAAAUGUCGAUGGGGCCCCAUUAGGUGUACAUAGAUUAGUUGUAAAUUUUAUGAAGGGAGUGAGCAGAUUGAGGCCUCCAGCUCCGAGAUAUCAUAUUACCUGGGACCCCGAUAAAGUUUUAAGGUUAUUAUCGUCGUGGUGUACGGACGAAUGUAAUCUUAAACAAUUGUCAUUCAAAUUAAUUGCGUUAUUAGCCUUAGCCACAGGGCAAAGAGUUCAAACCUUGAGUUCGAUUGAAAUAUCUAAUAUUGUCUGGGAUGACAGCAUUCAAAUUAAAUUAACAGGUAGCCUUAAGACAACUAGUGUAACAAGAAGUAAUCCUAUUCUGAUUUUACCACCCUUCCAUGAUAAAAAUUUAUGCCCCGUAUAUUCCUUAAAGAAAUACGCUAAAUUAACUGAAUUGUUAAGAAAUAAUGAACCUAAGUUAUUUAUUAGUUAUGUAAAACCUCACAAAGUUGUUUCUUCUCAGUCAGUAAGUAGAUGGCUAGUAGAUGUAUUAGAUUUAGCUGGUAUUGACACCAAACUUUUUCAUGCACAUAGUUAUAGACAUGCCUCCACUUCGAAGGCUGCUGCGGUUGGUGUAAAUAUUGAUACCAUAUUUAGCAGAGCUGGGUGGACACCCGGAUCUAAAACUUUUGCCAAAUUUUAUAAUAGGCCAACUAGUAAUGUCAGUGAAUUUUCUGAGAAAGUCCUUGAAAUUAGAAAAUAAUAACAUACAUUUACAUAAAUAUUAAUGAUAAUUAAUAAUGUUUUAUUUAACUAUGAUGAUGAUGAUUGUCCUAUAAAUAAAUAUAUAUAACUAGCCACUAAUGACUGGUGUUUUUGGUUAAAAUUAUUUCCUCAUCAACUUGACUUUAAAAGUCUACUGUGUCACUCCGUGAUGUUGAAGGUGGAGGAAGAUAGAAUAAAAUUGGAGAUUUUGCGAGGCCGAAGGCCGAAGCAAAAUCGGAAUUUUGUAAUAUCUUCAGACAUCACGGACCCUCCAACCCACCCCCAGUAAAUUACAAGUUGAUUCGGCUUUGAAAACUGUGAGGAAGAAGUGGUAUGCGAGGUGCACGAGGUACUUUUAGUUUUUUAUUUUAAGUCCGGCAGAUGUCUCCGGCUCCUGGGCGGAACCUACUGUGUCACUCCGUGAUGUCUUCCGGUUACGGAAGAUAUUACAAAAUUCCGAUUUUGCUUCGGCCUUCGGCCUCCCAAAAUCUCCAAUUUUAUUGAUACCGUCAACAGGAAA